ACAAGAGAGACGGAGAGGAACGAUGGCUGAACUCAGAUGGAUUAAAACGUCUUUACUUCUGAUUCUGGUGCUUCAGUUUACAGCAGCAACAACAGGACAGCUUUCGCUCUUCUUCACUGUCAGAGAUGGAGAUGAAGUCACUUUGCCUUGUAACAAUGUGUUAGAGGAUCAUAAGAACUGUGACACUACUACGUGGCUCUUUAGUAAUUCAAGAAGGAGUGCAACAGUAGAGCUGGUUUCACUUGGAAAGAUUGGUGAAGCAGCCAAAGCUAAAUCAGACAGACUGAGUGUUUCAGAGAACUGUUCUCUGGUUAUAAAGAACGUCACAGAUGAAGAUGUUGGUCGUUAUGGCUGCAGACAGUUCAGAUCAGUAUCAGGACCACAAGAAGGUCUAGAUGCUGUGGUUUAUCUGUCUGUUGUUACCAUGACUGAACACAAGGACACUGAUAAGGUGACAUUAAACUGCUCUGUGUCGUCAUAUGAACGAUGUAGACACACAGUGAAGUGGCUGCUUCAGGGUCGAGAUGUGGAUAAAGACAACAAAGACUUGAAGACAUCAACAUCUCCCUGCAACGCUUCUCUGAUGUUUCUGACUUCUCAUUACGUUUACACAUCGAGGGAUAAGACAGUGAAGUGUGAAGUGACUGAAGGUGACAAAGUGAAGCAGUUUCCUUUCAGAAUUUGGCCCUCAGAUGAGAAAAAAGGUGAAGACACAACAACAACACCAACUGAAGAUGGCAUGAAAGCAGCUAAGACCACGACAACUUCUACAAUCAGUGAUGCUUCACCAAAACCACAAAUUUGGUGGUACGUAAUUGUGGCUCUGGUUUUAGUAGCACUCUUAAUAAUCACUGUGGCUGUCAUCAUAUGGAAGAGAACUAAAGGGAACACGACACGGACGGACGACAAUGCUGUGAGUUUAAAAAUCUGUUCUUCACUAUGAAUUUUGUUUUAUAGCUGAGAAAAGAUUAACAGUACGGCCUGUGUCGUAUUAAAACAAAGUGG